GCCAGCCUGAAUGAGGAAACAGUAAAGCUAGGAAGUCACACAAGACGGUAAAGCUCCAGGCUGAGAAUUGCGGGUUUUUAGAUGGUGAGCAGAGCAAAAUGACCAGAAAGACCGGCCAGUUUCAUGCAGCACGUUAUCAGCGUGAAGGCGAGAGCAAUGAGGAAGAGAAAGGAGGCGUGUAUUGUGAUAUUUAAAGCCUCUCCAGUCGCUCAGCUCUGCAGCCGGAGCAGGAGAUCCACUCUCAGCCCUGCAGCCUCGGAGAAGCUCCACAGGCUACACUGCGCUGAGCUCCUGCAGCCGUGAACUUUACUGUAUUCUCCGGUUUAAUUUAUUUUUAUUCGUCUUUUUGGCGCCUUUGUCGUCUGCGUCUCUUUUAUCCUCAUCUUUCUUCCGGAUUCCCCAAAAUCUCUGCGCUCCUUUGAGGCCUCGCUCCAGACAUGACGUCAGCCAGGCUGAAGUACCUGUCUCUGGGUGUGCUGGUGUUCCAGACCACCUCUCUGGUGCUGACCAUGCGCUACUCGCGCACCCUGCAGUCCGACGGGCCGCGCUACCUGGCCUCCUCCGCCGUGGUGGUGGCUGAGCUGCUGAAAAUCCUCACUUGCGUUGGCCUCGUCUGCAAAGAGCACAGUUACAGCGUCCGUGCCCUUAGCAGCAUCCUCAGGCAGGAGAUCCUUCACAAGCCCAUAGAGACGCUGAAACUGGCCAUUCCCUCAGGAAUCUACACCCUGCAGAAUAACCUGCUGUAUGUAGCACUGUCGAACCUGGACGCUGCUACGUACCAGGUCACCUACCAGCUGAAGAUCUUGACCACAGCACUUUUCUCUGUGUCCAUGCUGGGUCGCAGGCUGGGUCUGUACCAGUGGCUCUCAUUGCUCAUCCUGAUGGCUGGCGUGGCGCUUGUUCAGUGGCCCACAGACUCACCAGGCACCCCUGAGAAGGAGCAGCCUGCGGGCGGCUCACCGUUUGUGGGGCUAGUGGCCGUGCUGGUGGCCUGCUGCUCCAGCGGCUUCGCUGGUGUCUACUUUGAGAAGAUUCUGAAGGAGACCAAGCAGAGUGUGUGGGUCAGGAACAUACAGCUGGGUAUGUUCGGUCUGGUUUUUGGCCUGUUUGGGAUGCUGCUGUAUGAUGGAGAGAGAGUACGAGAGCACGGAAUGUUCCAGGGCUACAACUCCAUCACCUGGGCUGUGGUUUCCUUACAGGCUCUGGGAGGCCUGGUCAUAGCUGCUGUUAUAAAGUAUGCAGACAAUAUUCUUAAAGGCUUCGCCACCUCACUUUCCAUCAUCCUGUCCACACUCAUUUCCUACUUCUGGCUGCAGGACUUUGAGCCUACAAGCAUCUUCUUCCUAGGAGCCAUCUUGGUCAUAGUUGCGACGUUUCUGUAUGGCUACGAGAGCAAGCCAGCGUCCAACCCCAGCCGAGCAUAACUAACAAAGCAGGAAACCCAGGAGCGGAGGGACCUGAACGUAAACGAGAGGAAGACGGAAAGGUCGAAGGAAUGAUGGAAUGAGGAGGAAGAGCGCGAGAGAGAUGGGAGAGAAGUGAAGGUGUAUAAACAGGUCCCUGUGUUACCAUGAAAUGGCUCAUUUAGCUUGAGAGAAAACAGACACUAGUAGGCCCUACUGUGGGCAAAGAGAGGGACUUUGGUCAGCCAAAGGAGCCAGAAUUACAAGCGUAUUUACGUCAUAUGAAUUCAAAAUACUUGAUGGACACAAACAAGAUGAGCUGCCAGGAGCAGCAUACAUUGUCUGAGGUCUAACACUCAGAGACAGUUGAGUUCAUUUUCAACUCUGAGGCUUGUUUUGGGCUUCUGUCACUGAUUAACUGCCUCGGUUCUGAAUAGGUCACCUGUUCUCCAGCCAUAUCAGUCCUCAGUUGUGAUCUCUCAAAAGUGUCAACGAGCUAUUCACCCUCGAAGAAAGCCUGUGCACCCUGGACAUUAAAGAUACAAUGAGUCGAAUGUUCUACUAAAACUUGAAGAAAUAUUAUAAGAGAUUAAUAUUAAAUCUUAUUAGGAUGUAUGGGGUGUUUAUGUAGACGGGAAGAAAGUGGCCAUUUGCGUUUGCGUGGUGGCCUCAUUGACAUGCCACUUUCUGUUCUGUUCACGUGACAAUCAUGUGACCAGCUGUGUGACUAAUGUCAGGCCAGUAAAAUUCCUUUUAAAAAUG